AUGGGUUUGCAUUUCGGAAACUUGGGCGUGAAAGUGCGCGGGAUCGUGUCCUACAGACUGUCGCCCUUUGAGCAGAAGCCACUGGCUGGGGUUUUGUCUCACGGCCUGCCGAACCUCAUUCGUCGGAUGAAGGAGGAGAUUUUCUUUGUUGUUCCCCUUCUGAAGAUUUUGGCAGUCACAACUUGUGGCAUCCUCAUCUUUUCAAAAUGGAAAGACACCAGCAGUGCUGUGCAACUGGAUCAUAGCAUCAUCAAUAAGACAGGAAAUGUGAUGAUUGCUCAAAGUGAUCCUGAUGUCAUUCCUGUGAAACUACCUUGUGAUUCAGGACCUGAAAUAAGCAAGGAAAACUCUAAGAAAAAGGCAAAGAAACAAAGACUUGCCAGCAUCAUAUUCUUUGCUGCUGCAUUAGUGGAGACUUAUUUCUUCUUCUUCAUGCUUUUCCAUUACUUUUACCCAUCAACUAGUGAAAAUGGUCAUCGAAAGCAACCAAGGGUGAAGAGUCCAAUAGUGAAAGUUCCUUGGGUGCUGCGGCACCUCUUGUUGAUGAAGGCAGAAAGGCGGUUAGGGCGCCCACACAAGCAGUUGCCAUACGCCAAACAGCAGACACCCCCUGGUGCUGCUGCUGUAGCCAGGCUCAAGGAUACAGCAGGCAUUGGCAAGAGUGUGGCCCAGUCCUUGAUGCAUUCCUGGAGGCCAUUGCCAGUGCCUCAGGUACCUCACCAGCCCCUGGCCAGAGUGCCCACCCUUCUGGCACCCACCUGUGGCUCAUUUGCCACUGUGUUACACCAGUUUGCUGCAGGGUCCAGUGCCACCAGCAGUGCUGCAAGGCCAUUUGUCCUCCCUGGUGUCAUGGAGAUAUCCAGUAUACCACCUCAACAUUUGAUGAUUGAUCACCAAAUCACCACUAUAUGUGUAGGAAGCAAUGCCUGCACUAUCAUUUGCAUCCUGAUGGCCCACCGGGUUCAUGAUGAUGGCUUCAUCUUGAGAGUACCUACUGGGGCCCCUUUGGACAGAGGCUUUGUGUCCUCUUUUGCCAAGUGCAUUUCUGAAGGGAAUGCCAUUCAUGAGAGGAUGCUGAGGAAUGGGGAGCUGACCCACAUGAAUUUAACUGUACCUGAGGCCAUGUCUGCAUCCAUGCCAAGGUCUGCCAUCUUGCUUGAAUGGUUCUAUGUGCAAAAGUCCCUGAACAGUAGAGUGACCAUGCGGCAGUCCUUGUAUGACCAGAUUACAUCAGCAAUUAGAAGGUGGACCUCACCAUAUCAAAUCACACCAACCCCUGCCACUCUAGAUCUCUAUCUAAUCCUGAUUGCUGAUGCAAGAUCUGUGCUGGUGGUUUAUCAGAGAGACACUGGGAAGCUGACUCUCAUCGACUCCCACUCGCACCUGCACUCUGGCGCCGUGGUGGCGCAGGUUGACGUGCACCACGUUCGCGACUUGUGCAGUUGGUACGAGGAGGUUUGCCACACGAUUUUCGGCACUAAACCCGAUUGCUACGAGCUGUCGUGCUUGUACGUCAAGUCCUCCAAUGCCACCCUCAGUCCACCGCAUCAACAGCAGCAGUCGCAUGCCAGCAACAAUAAGCAGCAGUUUUGA